AUGAGCCGUUCGGCCCCUCGAAAAUCGCGGCACCACCGCCACCCGUCCAACCGCAUCCCCGCCAUCUCCGACUACGAGUCCGACGUCGCCGCCAUGGCCCCGACCUACGCACCGCCUCCCCCCCGAACCAACACGGAGCUCAACCUCUCUGUCCUGCAGCGCUACCUGCCCUCCAUCAGCAGGAUCCUCAGCAUCGCCGCCAACGCCGUCGUCUACACCUUUGACGCCGCCGCCCAGAGCUGGGAGAAGUCGGGCAUCGAGGGCACCAUGUUUGUCUGCGCCCAGACGCCGCUGCCCGAGGACAUGCAUAAUCGGCCGCGAGCGUGUGUGUUUGUUCUGAGUCGACGGGGCCUGGAUAAUGUGAUUGUUGAUCUGGCAAGGGUGGGACAUGUCGAGAUCAUGGGCGAGCUGGUAAUUCUCAAGGUGGAGAGCGAUCAUGAGGCCGAGGAAAAGGUGCUGGGGCUGUGGAUUCACAACGACGAGGCGGAGACGAGGGCAACGAACGGGGCCAUUAUCGAAGAGAGCUGGAAGAUUGCGCGUGCUGCUGGGACCGUGGAGAAUGAGGGACCAGAGGCAGGGCCGGCAAUGCAGGCCAUUGGGCGACCGUUGACGCUCAAUGAGCUCUUUGGGAGGCAAGCAGAGGCUACGGGAAGUUGA